CGAAGUCUAAAUUGCGAAGUAGAAUAUCAGAAAGCUCUCAUAAAGAAGACCGCCAGGCGGAGAAGGAGCUAAGGCUCAGAUUCCCAUCCAAAUCCCUACCUUUUCUUCACCGAUCCCUUCUUCUCGAGCUUUCGUCUUCGACCUUCUUCUCCUCCUGAAGCUUGGCUGUCGAAUAGAUUCUUGAGCCGGCUCAGAUCGACUGAUUCUGAAGUUUUUCCGGUGAAAUUUGAGGAAUGGAAGUGAAUUUCUGGCGAUUGAUGAUGGUUUUUCUGUCUAAGAUGUGAUAUCGGAAGAGAUUGCGUAAUUGGACUGGCUUUCGGCUUCUGAUCUUUCAGUAGUGCAUUUGCUCAUCUCUCUUUGACGUGUUAAUUUGUAAGAAAGAAACCUCUACAUCUCUAUAUAUCAAAUAAAACACUACUCCCACAGGAUUCCAGUAAUCCAUUUCAACCACUGAAAGCUACAAAUUUUACCUUUGAGACACAAAAUGCAAUCGAAAUCCAAAAUCCAUGCUGACUCACCCUCCCAUGAGGACCAAUUCGAUCGAAUUCCUGACCCCCUUAUCCUUCAAAUUCUCAACAAUGUUGCUGAUAUCCGUGCUCUGGGCCGCUGCGCGGUGGUUUCCAAAAGGUUCAACUCCCUUGUUCCCCUUGUCCAUGAUGUAUAUGUCAAGAUCGAUCGUGUUGUAACGGUGGAUGGUGACUCCUCUGACGACCCUCUAAACCUCUCCUCCUCAAAGCCUCGAAACCUCUUCUCCCACCUCCUCAAGUUCUUGUUUCUUACCAUCCUCAAACCAUUCCACAAUCUCCAAAACCCAGGAAGCUCAAACAAGCCCCUCCUCCCCCAGCUAUCUCACCACUCCCCAGCCCAAGUCCUCAAGAACUUCACCCACGUUCGCAAUCUCCGAAUUGAGCUUCCUGCAGGUGAUGUUGGCACCGAGGAUGGUGUGGUCCUCAAAUGGCGAGCUGAAUUUGGCAGCACACUUGAGAAUUGUGUGAUACUUGGAGGAACAAGGAUUGAUCGUAAGCCAAAUUUGAGUGAUCAGGAUUCUUCUUCUCCUUCAGGUGAGGACAAUGGGAGCAUACCAGAGUCAUUUUAUACGAACGGUGGGCUGAAAUUGCGUGUUGUGUGGACGAUCAGCUCACUGAUUGCUGCUUCAACCAGGCAUUACCUUCUAAAGCCAAUAAUUAAGGAUCACCCUACACUGAGAAGCUUGGUUUUGACCGAUGCCGACGGGCAGGGGACACUGAGCAUGGGUGUGGAGCAGCUGAGGGAGUUCAGGGAGAAGCCAUUGGCAGCUUCAGCAUCAGCUAAUAGAACACAGGUUCCUGCAUCUAACAUGAAGCUGAGGUAUGCUUCAUACCUCGAGCUGCCCGAGGGGAUGGGGAUGCAAGGAGCUACUUUGGUCGCAAUCAGACCGUCUAGUGAGGGAUUUGUUGGGGGUGGCAGUGGCUGUCAUGGUAGUAGUCGGAAGGAGAUCGAAGCCUUUGUGUGCAAUGCGUUCGAUGGACCUUUCAGGGCAGCUGUGAAGGCUCUAUUGAAGCGCAAGACUUACUUGCUGGAGAUGAAUGGGUUCUAAAUCUUCCAGUUAGCCAACUUCAACAUAGUUUUUGCAGCUCAAAGAUGCCUCUUUGAUUUUCUUUUUGUUUUAGGAUCAAAAAGGUGAGAGUUUGUAAGUUCCACAUGAGAAAUUAUUUGGUGCGGAGACUGGACGUAGCUCUAUGUCUGUACUCCAAUCCAUAGUCGACAUGUAUUUUUUGGAUUAAGUAAUUUUGUGCAGUCACGUAGGGUUUUUUACUAACGUGCAACCCGACGAUCCGGCUCAAUUAACUAUGAAUUGUCGGGCCGCCCGUUUGUAAAAAAAUUCACGUUGUUGUAUAAAGUAACUUAAACUAAAGAAUAUGUGUUGACUAUGAAUUAGAGUCUGGACAUAACUCUACGUCCGGACUCCACACCAAAUAAUUUUUCGUUCCUCACAAAGUUGACCAUCCUCUCUUUCUCUCUCUGCAUUGAGCUGUAUUAGUUGUUCUGAACUUUUUUCACUUGUAUGUGUAUAGUACAAUAAUAACAGUUGGUUAAAUCUUUUGAGUGAUAUGAAUGAAUCAUUAAAUUUCUAGAGA